AUGUCGAGACGUUGGCAUACAUCUUUCCCCAUUCGGUUCAGGUUCGAUCCCGAAGACGAAGUGUUGGUGUCCUUUUAUCUAUGGCGGAAAAUACAGGGGCUGGAUCUACCGAAUGGUCCCAUCGUUGAAGCCGACGUCUACGCUCAUGAACCAUGGUUUCUUCACCAUGGUAAUGAUUCCGCGUGCAUGGCCGGGAACAAUGACCGAUAUUUUUUUGUGAAGAGAGAGCCAGUAUCUAGAAACGGUAACGGGAAGAGAAUCAAAAGGGAUCUGGAAGGGGAUUCUGAUGGAGGUUGCUGGAAGGCUAACACCGGAGACAUGGAAAUUAAAGACUCAGAGGGCCACCUCGUGGGUUACAUGUGUUGA